AUGUCUCAAAAACACUUUUGGAAGGUGUUCAAAAAGUCCAAGUUUAUCCUCAAGCGGAAAAUGCCUAAGGCGCCCUUCAUGACAAAAAGGCAUCGAGAAAAUCGGGUGGUUGCAGCAGAAGGUGCAGCGGAACCGAGUGGAAUAAGUAAGACAGUCAAGAAGCAAAAAAAAAACAAUUCAGAUGGGAAAAAACUGAAAAUGAAAAGUAUGGAAGAUGCAACUGUUAACGAGGGUUCCGAAGGCUCCGACGAAUCAGAGACGGAAUCAGAAGAAAUCGAAGUUCUGAUUCCGGAAGAACUCAGGGAAUAUGCGGAAAGGUUCGCCGAUUCGGAUGUACGUGAGGUGUUCCUUCCGAAGUAUUCGGAAAGUCGCAACCGAGAUGGUUGA